AUGCGCAAAUUGUUGUUGUUGGCACUCCUCCUAUAUGACAUCGUUGCUUUAGCGACGAGACCGAGCAAUUAUGAUUACGACGAUAUGGGCAUAGACAUGGGGAAACGACACCAGAUGUUGGAUGACAAGAGACAGCAAGAGAGAGGGUGGAGGAGGAAGGCUAUGAUGAAGCCUGAGGAGAGGCUGGAGCACAAAGAGUGGGAGGAAAGGAGGCGGCACGACUACGAGAAAGCGAGGUACUUCGACGAGCUGGACAGCAAGAACUUCGAGCCGGAGCGGGCGCGCGAGGCCCGUGAGCCUCGUGAGCCCCGCGAGCCGCGGGAGCCUGACAUGUACCGCCGCCGGUACGAGGACAUCGACAAACUCAACGCGGCGCUCUCCGGUACCAAGAGCAAUGAAAUCGGAAUGGGAAUGGGACACUCCCCUUACGUAGACAAAGAACUCGACAAGAAACCAGCGCUAGUCAUGAACUGCGACAGACCACAUGAAAGGUACGAGGCGUGCUUCGCGGGGUGCGCGUCUGUGUCGUGCGACAACCCGCGCGACAGGUUGCGCCCCUGCUACCCCUUCUGCGAGUCCGGUUGCGUGUGCGUCUCGCCUUAUGUCCGGGACGACAGGACGCACAAGUGCGUGCUACCCGACGACUGCACCAAAGGCCUCAAAGGAAUACCAGAUCUGGGCGACGAAUCAUAG